UCUCAAUUUCUUCUUGUUACAGGUAGGUAGGUGCUGCUCACCUUCUUUUUGUCAGGAUUCUCUUGCCAGUCUCUAAAGUAUGACAAAAGGUGUUGCAAGCAAACAAUAACGCCCCCAUAUAACCACUAGAAUAGAAGCAACACAAUCAGAUCUUUCUCCAUCUUUUUUACUCCUCUCCAUUGAUUCCCAUAGUCAUACCAACCAAUUAAUUAACCUCUGUAGACUUCCACUCCUUCUUUGCUCUCUCUCUCUCUCUUCCUAAAUUUCCCAGAUGAGGACAAUUAUGGCCAAGACCCCUCAUGACUCUUCUUUCUCUUUCUCCAGGAGGUACUUCCACUGGAAAAAGAAAGUGGAGGAUGAUGAAGAAGAUGACCACGAAAUCUUAAACUUCAACUCAUCAUACUCGCAUUUCUCUGAGGAAUCAGAGAAGGAUGAACAGGAGCUUAGAAUCCCAGUCCCAACAGACACUGCUUUGAUCCCCGCAAUAAUACCACGCAAGAAACAUUCUCUGAUGUCAGUGUCCAAGCUCCGCUCAGCUCUCACAGUGUUUGGUAAGAGCCGCUCUCGCUCUGGCCUUGGCACCAGAGUCAUGGGUACUCUGUUCGGCUAUCGUCGUGGACAUGUUCAUCUGGCAUUUCAAGAAGAACCCAAGUUGAGCCCUGCCUUCCUGAUCGAGCUUGCAACACCUACAAGUGUUUUGGUUCGAGAAAUGGCUUCUGGGUUGGUGCGGAUUGCCUUGGAGUGCGAGAAGAAAACAGAGAAGAAAGGUUUGAAAAUGCUUGAGGAGCCACUCUGGAGGACUUACUGCAAUGGAAAGAAAUGUGGGUUUGCUAUGAAGCGUGACUGUGGACCUGGGGAGUGGAAGGUUUUGAAAGCUUUGGAGCCAAUUUCAAUGGGGGCUGGUGUUUUGCCAGGAAGUGAAGAUGGAGUUGGAGCUGAGGGUGAGCUCAUGUACAUGAGAGCUAAGUUUGAGAGAGUUGUGGGGUCUAAGGACUCUGAGGCCUUCUACAUGAUGAACCCUGAUGGUUCUGGAGGUCCUGAACUUAGUAUUUAUCUGCUUAGAGUCUAGAAAGCUCAUUGAGCCAUAAAAAUUUGGAGGUUUAGUUCUUUCUCCAUGUACCUGUCUUUCUUGUUCAUUCGGAGCCAAGUAAGAAUAUGGGUUGAUCACUCGUAUCAUGCUUCAGAAUUUUAGGCAGUGGGGGGGUUAUGGGAUAAUAGCAUACCAGAGGUAGGCAGU